UUUUUUUUCUUCAAGUUCUUUCUUUGGCGUUUGGAUUGGAGCUGCUUUUGUUACGUUCCGUUUCUGUUAAACGCAAUCUCUUCAAUUGCCUCGGCUAACAAACUAAAAAAUGUUGCGCCUCCUGAGUUGUCAACUUAUAUCAUCUGGUUCUGGUUGCGUUAGUAAAGGCCCAAUUUGUUAUGUACGAUGUUUAUCGAACUUAACCUCAUCACACCAGAUUCAUUCAUCUUCACAUCGAUUUGUUCACUCUGAUAAGAGUCCACCUGAAUUUCAAGAUAGUAAAAUACCUCUUGUUGUUUAUCAGGGUAGAUUAGGUACUCAAAUUCGCAGGACAAAACUGUUUUCAUUUUCCACUACUAUUCUAGGAUUAGCUACUCAACCCUUGUUGUACAAUCAAAUUACUAGUCUCCCAGUGCUUAUUGUAACCUGUAGUAUAGCAGGAUUUUUCACAUUUGUGACUCCCUUCUUGCUUCAUCAACUGGUCAAGAGAUAUGUAAAUUAUGUCUCCUACAAUGCAGAAAAGGAUACAUACUAUGCACACUGCACCACUUUUCUGUUCCAAGAGAAAAAGAUCCCAUUUGGUCCUGGGGAUGGAAAGGUUCCAGACAAUGCAGGAAUGUUCACUACUAUGGAAGUAAAAGGUGUCCCAAUGAUGAUUGAAUUGGACAUCUUUGACAAAGAACAUCUUAUCAGAAUUUUAGGCUAUGACAAGCCACUCAACAUCGAGCAUGAGAGGAUCGAGGCUCUAAUGAAAGACCUUGAAGCUGACCAGCAGAAGACUGUUUCUGAAAGUUCUGAGAAGGCUUCAAGUGAAGAACAGAAGCAGCGAUCGUCAAAUCGAUCAUAAUCCAGAAUUGCCUCAAUUAACGUAAUUCUUGUAAAUUAUUGAUAGCUUGUAUAUAUGGAAGGAGGAAAUGUAAUUAAUACUCAAAUAUAUUGCACAUUCACAAUA